CCGUACAACCACUAAACAAAUUAUUAUGUCUCGACACGGCUACACAUACGAUUCCGGACUCGGUACUGAUACGGAUCACAUUGCCCCACCUGUGUCAGGUUAGGAUCCUUUCAGUUUUGGCCACGAUCGCCGAGCACUUCGUCACGCCUGCACCUCUUCCUUCGCUUCACCACCACAAGGCGCCUCAAGAAUGUUCACCACACCAAGCCGACAGACGUUGGGUGGAGGCUCGAGGAGAAGUCAGAGCUCUAUCCCAGGAUCGCGAGGUGCGACACCAAUGAGCUUCAGAGAAUCGCCAGCUGCGAGUCUGGCAGGCAGUCGACCUCGAAAGGAUGUGAAUCGCUCUUCCCCUACUUCCCGCUCAGCAACUUACAGGGACAGGAGAUCUCACCUUCAGCCUUACAUUGUUGAUCCGGAGUCCUCUGGAAAUGUGAAGGGCUUCGUGGGGACGUCAGGAGACGCGAUGGCCGUCGAUGAUGCGGAAGGGUCUGUUGUGGGAGGCAGACGCGCGACACUGUUGGACGAAGGCACAAUACUCGCGCGAGACGACGUGUAUGUCGUCUCGGCUUCGCACAAGCUACCCAUCGAGGUAAUGCAAGCGCUAGAAUCUGCUGAACACUCUCGUGAUGCAAUCACAUCAGCCAUGGACGCACGGAUUGGCUAUGCCUACGUAGCAUUCAAGGAUCGCUGUUACGCAUGGUGCUUCUCUGGCAGCACGCGGGUCGCGCCAGCCUGCUACGUCUUUCCUGCACCCCCGCCCUCCACUCAGGCAGCGCCGAACACUUUCCCACCCUUUUGCGCGUUUGUGGAACGAUCGUCGGGUCAAGAGCCCGGACUGCUGCUCGUCUCGCGAGAAGGAAAGGUGCGCUUGUGGAACAGCAUCGCAUCUUCGCGCGCUUUGAGCGAAGACGCGCACGAACUCGACGUGGCGCUCGGCGCAGGCGAAAGUGUCACCUCGCUACAGCGCUGCCAGACAUCGGCCUUCGUCGUGGCCACGAGCCAGUCCCGGCUGCUUCGUCUGGACGUUCCUCACCGAGGCGGUAGAUUGCAAGCAGAGGUCUCCUCCUUCUCCCAACCGCGCGGCUUUUUUGGGCGCUUCUUUGGCGCUGCUGCUACCUUUACCCUUGGGGGAGACGAAAGCUUCAGUGUGACUGCAGCUCCCUCUCCCGAUGCCGCCGACGCGUGGACGCUGUAUGCAAUCAGUAAGCGAGGGGUUCAGAAAUGGGGUCUUGGCGAACGGUCAGGUGGCGAGACGAUGAUCGCCGAGCAGGAUCUCCGCCAGCCUAUCGCAUCGGUCUUGUUUGGACUGCCAGAAAAGGAUGAUGGAUCUGGAGCUGAUACAGCAGGUCUGGAGCUCUUAAGCGGAGCAAUCACUACGAAUGGUGCGCUCCUCAUCCUCUUCGAACACAGCCCCACCUCUGCUGGUAUCAUUUCCUUUGGCGUAGCUGUUGCGACUUAUGAAAAAGUGGCGAGCUCGUUCGUCAUUUCUCGCGCCGUGCAGCUGCACUACACUCACGCAAGGUCUGCGGGACCAUCGGAUGCGCCACGUCUCAUCGCGCCGUACGGAGGACCGGUCCUAUUCAUUCAAUUCGAGGACGUAGUCGUGCUCAGACUGCUCGAAGAUGACUUUGAGGAGGUAGUCAGCCUCAAACACCCUCUGCAGAAUCGCUUCAUGGGCUAUGGAGCCGAAAGCAUCGACGUGGAACGGGAGACGGACGUUGUUGGCGUGCCCUUCUUCACAUCGUCCAGUGGCACGCUCUUGGUUGAUGUCUGGGUCGGCGCAGCAGCUGCAUUGGCGAAGAAACUUUGCACUCCUAGGGAACACACUGCUGUGCGAACGGAACGCCUCAUGGUCAAGCUCGAGCAAGCUGUCUUCUUCGGCAACAAUAUUGCAAGUCCGAUAUCGUACGAUCUGCCACUCGACUUUGAAGGCGACCUUUCCCUUGCCGCCGAGCAGCUCAGCACCAGCAUCGUGACCUCAGAGACGCAAGCACUGCCCGAUGUAGUGGAAUUGCGGCUGCAUCUGCAAUACCGCGCUGCACGUCUGCACGAUUUGAUUACGUUCAUUGCGAGCAACAAUUGCCUCCAAAAGCUUUCCCAUAGCAGCCGUCGCCGCCUCUCUUCCGACGCUGAGCUUCUCGCUGCAGCUCUCGAGGUCUGGCAAUACCACGGCGCGCAACUCUCUGGCGCUCGCGGGACAUUCGGCACCCUCAGUCCGCUUUCGGUCGCCAUCACGAAGAUCAUGACGGAAAGCGGCCAAGCUACGCGGGACGACGUGGUCAGAGCAUUCUUCCGACAUCACUUGCCGCAAAUACCUCGGGUUCUGGAUGAGCUGCUACAUCAGACUAGCGCCCUCUCGUCUAGUCCGCUGGACCAGAGGUCCGUCUUGAUACUCGAAAGUGCUCGGGUCGUGAAUAUCAUCUUCAACGCAGCUAGAGUGUUCCGCAGAGACUCUGGCAAGGUGUACGCCUUUCAAGCGACACAGACGGCAUUCGAGGCUUGGUCCAUCACUGCGAGUGACCUAGACGUGCUGGAAGGACUAUUCCACACGACUUUACGACUUGUCAACGAGCGGACCAGAGAGCUCGGUACAGCGGUCGACGCCAAUGUGCAGGAAGGCUUCAAUACCGAGGGCAGUGCGCCUCUGUCGCCGGCGCGUUUGCAGAAGGAGCUCAAGCUUCAGCUAUGCGAACUGGCUUCGAAUGCUCUUGCGACUUUCGAGGAGAGACUUGCGUAUCUGAAUGCUUCUGCACAGACGGGAGACCAGCCUGCUCAUCAGCGCGACUACGCCCUGUUGGAAGCGCGUUACAGAACGGCCAGACCGCAAAUGAUUCUGCCGCUGCUGGCCGUGGGCCACUCUGGUCGAGCAUUCACACUUGCGGAACAGCAUGCAGACUUCAGGACGUUGACUUUGCUCAGUCACCAACUAGAGGCGAGUCAGGAGGCGGCACGACAACGAGCGGAAAAGUAUUUGGAUCGAUACGGCCAAGCUUUCGCAUUUCAAUUGUUCCAAUGGUACAUUGAGCAAGGCAGGCUGCGGACUUUGCUCGAUGUCCCAGACAAGUACAGCCCAUUGCUGUUGGACUUUUUCGAACGGUCCGACAAUCCCCGGUUAGCGUGGUUACACGACAUUCUCCUGGAGCGGCAUUCGACCGCAUCUCGGACUCUUGUGCAGAUCGCCGACUCGGAAGGCAAGGCAGCGCAGAAGAAGCUCAUGCUAAGCCUGGGCAAGCUGGCGCAUUGUGCAGAUCUCACAGAGGCUCAAAUCAUGGCCGAAGAUGAGCAGGACCAAAUCGAGCUCAUCGACGAUCAGCUCGAUAUGGUCAACGCGCAUCAGCUUCUCCGCGACUUUUAUGAAAGCGUGAUUCCUGGUUGCAGUCGCGAUGUGGAGAAUGGCUGUGCAGCGGUGAGCGAGGCUGUCGCGUACAAUCUGGAGUCUUUACCAGCUUUGCAUGCUUGGUAUGCCUCGGCCGUUCGAAGUAUUCUGCGUGGAGAUGUGGUAUCCGCAGAGGACUUGAUCGACUUGCUCACCUUGCCACUUGCUGCCGACGAUCGCAUCCAUGACUAUACCACCGCACUUGAAGUUUACCUGCGAGAAAAAGGCACUUCGGAGGCUCGUCUCGAUGCCAGUCUCGCGUCCGUGUGGCUCAGGAUCCUCUUGCGGGACGACUGGCCGUCCAUCACGGACACGUCAGGCAAGACUGAUGCUGAAUUGAGUGACCAGCUCAGGCACACGGCACUAUACGCAGCACUCAAGUGGGCUGCCGAUCAUUCUGCGCAAAGCAAUUGGUGCUGGAACCUCCGGAGAUCAUGGCAGGGCAGCCAACGGCUGACCUGCUGAGCGGCCGAUUGCGGGGAGUUCCAGCUCAGCAGGUACAGCUCAUUCUGGCUGAACAAGAAUCUCAGCUGGAAGGACUUAGGGAGCUCUUUGAAGGUCCCACGCAGCUCAGCAAAUGGUACGAGGAAGUCAGUAGGAUAGUCAACGACGA